GCGCGGGGCCCCGGCGGGCGCCCGCCGCCUCCCCACGCCGCCUCGCCCCGGCCGCUGCCCGCCAUCCCGCACCCCAGCGCCCGCCUCGGCCGCCCCGAGCGCCUGGCCCUGCGCGGCCGGGCCCCCCCGCCGCCGCCGCUGUCCCCGGCCGAGCCCUGGCUGCCCGCGGUGGGGCAACGAGCUGACAUUGGAAAUCAAGCAGAAAGCAGAGGCAGCUUUGCCAGCAGCAGGACAAGUUUACUGUCUCAGUCUGGGACACAGCUCAGGACUGAUGCUGACGAGCUGGAGCACCUUUUGUGUGAGAAAAUGAGAUCUGGAGGGUAUUUUCCUAUGAGACAACUCUUCAAAAACAAUGACCCUGAAGGCAAAGGGCAGGUCAAUAGAGAUGUGCUUCUCAUGAUGCUGAUCAAAUUUCUGGGGAGGUGUAUGAGCUCCAAGCAGUAUCAGCAACUUCUUGUAAGGCUUAAGUUACAGGACAAAACCAUUAUCAAGUUUGAAGAGUUAUAUGCAGCAGUCCGUGACCCUGCUACUUCUGGGGCUCCAGCCUGGUUUGAUCCAGUCAGUCACAGACAUAUGGAUAGACCUACAAUGACUGCAUCACAGGUUCAUGUGCAACUGAAAGAAAAAGUGAAACAAAGGUCACUGGAUAUUGCUGAUCUGAUACCCCAGAAGAACCCAGAAAGUGAUGUGAGGAUUCUGAAGCCUGAGUUUAAGAACAUCCUUAGCAAGCUGGGCUUCCCCAUGGGCAGUGAGGAAUUUGAAAAGCUUUGGCAAAGAUAUGACACAGAAGGUAUGGGAGUUCUCAAGGGAGAGCUGCUUCUUAAAAAACUAGGAGCAGAGUUCCAAAACGGAUCUUCAAACAAUGCUAAAGUUUCAGGACAAAACCGAGAAAUUUCAAAAGUGGAGCAGGAACAUAGAGCUUCCCUAGGCAUAGAAAGGUGGCUGAAAGAUAAAUUCAGAGAAGGGGCAAGAAGCAUGAAAGAAGAGUUUGAAAAAUAUGAUUCACAAAAAACAGGCAAGGUGAACAAAGAAACUUUCCUGUCAGUCCUACAGAAAUUUGAUAUGCAUCUCAAAAAGGAGCAUUUUAACCUCUUCCUGGCAAGAUGUGGCCUUGAAAACAGUCAGAAUGGGAUCAGUUACUUUGAUCUUCUUAGACACUUCCAGGAUCGCAGUGACAGAGGGAUCACACAAAAAAUUCUCUCUAAUCCCAGGCACAAAUUUCACUGGGAAGAGAGUAUCAGCUCAGCUUCCACUGUGACUGCAAUUGAAGUCAAACUGGCAAAUUUAUUUCAGUCUGAUUUCCUUUCACUCUUGACCACGUUCCAAAAAAUUGACAAGCUGGAGAAAGAAAUCAUUAGUCAGCAGGAGUUUCGUGCAGCAAUUGAGAGCAGGUUUGGUGUGGAGAUUACUGAUGAAGAGUUUGAGCUGCUACUUGACAGAAUCCCCCUUGAUGAAGAUGGAAAUGUCAGAUACCCCCAGUUCAUGGCCAUGUUUGACUCUCGGAAAGGAUUGCCCAGUCUCUUUGAUGAGAGAUCAGUAAUGAAUUCUGUGCCUGAGAUAAAUGAAGACAAAGAUGUGCAGAAUCAGAAAGAAAAUAUUAAUGACCAGAAAGAGAAACACAGCUGUAAAAGAACUCCUAGACAGUUGUUCAAGAUUAUUAAGAACUUAUUAAACAAACGCUCUCAAGCAAUAGAAAAAGAGUUUGAAGACUUAGAUGAAAUGAACUCCCAGCGCCUCACUCAGGAGACUAUGUACUUUCUCUUGAAGCGGUUUGACAUCCAACCUGAAAUAACUCGAGGUGAAAUCCGCAGGCUGUGGGAAACUUUAAUUACAAAUCAGGAUAACACCCUUGACUAUCUGGAGUUCAUCAGACACUUUGGCUACUCCCCCAGCUCUGCAUGCUUUCCCAAUGCCAAGAUUAGUCCACCCAGAAAAGGAGACAGUAACCUCAGGUUGCGUUCUAAAAAUCUCAGCUGCGAUUCUGACAUAUUGGUGGACAGGGUGCGAGCAAAAGUGGAGUAUUUAUGGGAUGUUCUCAAGAAGGAAUUUGAAGAGCUGGAUCCCCAGCAUACAGGCUUUGUCACCAAAGAAGAAUUUAAGGAUAUUUUGACUGAGCUGUGUGUGCACCUGAAUGAAUAUGAAUGUGAAAUACUGGGAAAGAAAUUUGAAAGCAAUGGGGAUGGUUGUGUUUCAUACUUGGAGUUUCUGAAGCCCUUUGCUUUACGGAGACAAAGGUGGAAGAAUGGGAAUAACAUGGCUGCUGUUAUGAAGGCAUCUCAGGAUGAGAUAGACCAAUCCCAGAUGGGAAUGCAGACAUCAGAGCUGGGCAGUUUGACAAGUAGACUGCGAGAAAAAUUACGAGGGGACUGGAAGACCCUUCAAAGAGCCUUUAGGAAGCUUGAUGCUGACAGCAGUGGUUACCUUUCUCUACCAGAAUUCAGAUCUGUCCUGAAGCUGUGCAACCUUCUGGUAGAUGAGGAUGAGUUUUAUCACAUUCUGUCUAAAUACGAUCCCAACCUGGAUGGGAGAAUUGAUUAUAAGUCCUUUUUGGAGGAAACUUGUAAAAAAGGGAAACCACCUGCAGCCAAAAAAUCCUCUGUAAGCCCACCAUAAAAUAAUAUAGAAUAUUUCUGUGACUAGGAGAAGAAUGACAUCUGCAUGCUCCCAGCUGCUUAUCCUUCCAGCUAUUUGCUUCUCUUUGGGGUGUGCAUCUUUGCUUUGUGUCUUUUGGCUACUUAUUACUUGCCCACUGUAUUGUAAGUUGUUUUGUAGGGGGAUAAUAGAAGCAUAUUCUGAGAGAAGAGAGCCAAGCUGAGUAUAACACAAUUACUGUACUAUAUUUAAAACACAAUCCACUCUGUUACUAAGGAAACUAACAUUCUGAAAAGGAGAGGCAACGAUGCAGCAUAGAGAGAUGCAAAUCAUUUUUUUUUUAGAAAAUGAAAUAUUCAGUGAGAUGCAGGGUGGAUUUUUGCUGCUUAGGACUCCACGACAAUGGGAGAGAGUUCCUUUGACCUUAUCAGGAGUUGGAUCAGAUCCUAUGUAGGCAUUUAGCCAGAAUUUGGCCCUUAAUGUAAACAUGGAUUUCCAUCCUUUUCUUCUUCCUAAAGGAAUAUUUUUAUCCAUAGAUUACAGGGAAUAAGGGUCAAUUCUGUGGCUGCUCUGCUCUGCUUCACUUCUCUGUCACAGCAGUUGUACCUUUAAGAUCAAGUUAUUUGCCACUUCACUUUUGUGGCAUAAAGACAUUUUUAUGAGCAUAUGAGUGAACAAUUGAGUCGGUUAAAUAAAUAAAUGGAACCAUUAAAAUGUAUAUUAUUUGCCUAGUCCGGUAUACAGGAGCAAAUUAUCUAACUUCAUUACAGAUCCUCCUCAUGCAGAUGAGCACAGGUCCACUGAUUGCAAUGAAACUUGGCCAGCUUUCACUAGCUGUGGAUAUGACCCAGUUUGUCUGCAUAAACAAAAUGCCAAAAGGAAGGAGCCCUCUUUGGUUGCUUCUACAUACUUUCUUCCCUUGGGCCACUCACUUUAGAUCCACGAUAAAAACAUAUGCCCUUUAUUAUCUUGGAAGACAAUCACAAGCUUGUGUUAAACUUUUGCUGUAUAUGUACUUGGGCACCUUAGAAGAAAAGAUUAACUUCUGUUGUAGCUCCUGUUCCAAAUACUUUCCCUCCUUGACAUCUGAUAUCAAACAGUAUUUUCACAGUUUUAAAUAAUAAAGCUGUUGGGAAAGCACUUUUACUGGCUUAAAAAAGCUGAAGGAAAAACUUCUACAUGGUAAAAAAAAAAAAGAAGUUUAGAGGGCAGAACACGAACAGCUAUUAUUACACCCUGGUUUAAUCUACAUUGGAGUAUGCAAAAAUCAGACAAAUGUGAUUUCUUUAGUACUAUCUAAUAAUUUUGAAUUCUGUUACAUGUAAUGUAAUAUGCUAGGUUUUAUGAAGAUGAUCGGUUGUCUUUUUAAAUGAAAUUUUAACUAAAAAAUGGCUGUAUAAAAAAUGUUUUGUCACUGUUUGUUCUAUCUCACUGAUUACUGACAACAUUCUCUUAGUUUACAAGUUGGGAAAAAAAGUUUUGAUUGUUUGUUUCUUUAACAGAUUCCAUUCCUUAACACUCCACCUGGGGUUUGAUAGUCAAGCUGCGUCAUUGGCUUCUUGCAUCUCUAUGAUGAUAAAAUUCUGUAGGGCAAAUUGUACGGCAGCUAUAUGUGUGUAACUCCACUAUGCCCAAUGGUAUUGAACACCUGUAUCUAAUAUACCUUAAUGAGACCAUGUAAAGGUAAUUCAAUUGAGAGAAAAUUUGGGGCCUGGAAAAAGAAUUCAGUGUUUCUUAGACUUAGGCACUUACAGGUUAGGUGCUACAGUGCCUAACUUUUAGAUGUCAACCCUCCAGAAUGGGAUCCAAAACCCUGAAUUGGGUGCAAAGCCUUCCUAUACAGUGUACAGCAGUGCAUCUGAAUGGGACUGAGUAGUCGAAAUAGCUGACUCCUGAGCUGCCCACAGGUAGGCAGUAGGGAAUUCUACAGAGAGGGCUGGGUCUUAAACUCUGCCUUUCUCCAAAGAUUAGGCAUGUGCCUGCAUCUCUUUCUCAAGUGCCCCAUCCAUGUAGGAUCAUCUCCUAAAGGGGAGGCACUUUCAUCUAUUUCAAAGGACCAAGGACUUAUUUUCUUUUAAAAAUACUGGUAAUCCUGUCCCCCCCUUAUAUAAUAUUCUACUGGUUAAAGCAGUUGCCUCAGAAGUAGGAGAGCUGGGUUCCAGACUCCCUUCAGCUUUGAGCCAGUUCAAAACCAUAUAUCCUAGUUACCAAUAAAAUGUCCUAAACACCACGCUCUGGACCAGCUUAGAUGAAGGGACUUUCUUUCUCUUCAGGUUGAAACUGUGUCACUGCAGCACAGAAUUCAAGAUAGAUGGGUCCAGAGGGAAAACUCAAGGGGGGCAUGUUUCUAUAGCCUAUUUGUUAGCAGUAGUCAGCUGGGAAGGGCAAUCCUGGAGUCCAGGGACUGUUUCUGUAUCUUAUCCCAUGUCUGUUUAAUGUAAAAUACAGAAAUCGCCCCUGAGUGCCCUCACUACUAGCUACAGAGGCAUGCUCCCUCUUAUAUUCUUUUCCUCUGGCACCAUGAAUCUACAUUCAUUUGCUAUGUGGCUGUACAGUUUCAACAAGAGAAUCUUCUUUCCAGCCUUGGCUAUCAUCUGAUCCUUUGGGCACUUUUAUGUGAAGUAGAGAUGGGGAUUUGAUCCCUCUAGACUAAACAAAGCCUAUAUUCAAGUCUCCCAUUUCCUGGGUAAAUGCUUUAGCUAUGAGGCUAUUACAUGAAAAGUCAGCAUCACCAUGGCUACUACAUAGUAGGAAAAAGUGGUUAUAUCUAUUCUGUGAGGAGCUUGAUCCUGUGAGUGUGUCAGGUAUGCUUUGAGACUGCCUACCAGGCUACAUCCUUUGCGAGACAUAGGCAGAGGAACACCUAGUUUCUGUAUCCCAAUUGGACUUGAUCAGGAUAUAGGUGCUGAGUUGCUCAGAUUGGAGCAGUUCUAAGCAUACAGGGCACAUCUAGACAAGGUGCUUUACUGCUCAGUAGAGCUAACUGCUGCAGUGUCUGCAUCUACAUGUGCAGAUGCUUACUGCGCAGUAAUUGGCUUUAAUCCUAAGUAAAUUUGCUACCUACAAAUGCAAGUAGCAAAUUUUCUCAGAAUUAGUAACUGUGCAAUAGCGCACAUGUAGGCCCCUGACCGGGAGCAAAUGUGCUCCCAGUCAGCUGGGUAGCAGGGGUGGGAGAUUGCAGGGUGGCAGCAGUGGGUGGAGGCCUGCCACUGACCUGUCCUGGUCAAGAGCAGGUCCCAGGCCUGUGCCCUGAUCAGGUGAUUGAGGCACGGGGCUUGAAAAGAGCUGCAGGGGUGGAGCAGGUCCCAGCUGCCUGCCCCAAAUGCCAGUGGGCAGCUAGCAGUGAGUCCCCGGCUGGGUGGGGAAUCCCCGCCCAGCUGGGGGCUCUCUGCUAACUGCAGCAUGUGUUGAUUCUGCAGUUACACCCCGGGGAAUUAUGCAACUAUGCACCUGAGCAAUUUUGCUCAUAAAACAUAUGACUGCACAUCAUUGCAUAAUUUUGCAUAAUUUAACCCAGGCAGGCUCUGUGCCUCCACCCCCAUGGGGCUCCUAGCACUCCAGUUGGGAGCCCCAGAUGAUGGCACUGAGAAUGGUGGUGCACGACUGGACAGCUGGUGAGUGGGGAGGGGAGAUCCUGGCUGCAGAAGAGGGGCCUGGGGUUUGUGGGUGGGCAUGUGAGUAUGUGUGUGUUGGUGUGGGGCUUGUGGUUGGGUAUGGGCCCCCAUGCCCCACCAAUGGUGCAUAGCCCCUGCUGCUGCUGGUGGCAGCUGCAGCAGCAGCAGCAGGCAGUAGACCCUUGCGGUGCUCGUGGCCACAGAAGGGAAAGCCCCUGGCAAUGCACAGCUCUGGCUGAAUCCUGGGGCUUCACAUGGUGGUACCAAGCCAGCGUACCUUCAACCCAGACCUGUUGGUGUAUGCCUUUGACUCAGACUGGCUCUGUACCAGCCCUUGGGGCUUGCAGCACUGCAGGUAGGAGCCGUGCAGCAUCGAGUUGGGCUGGCCAGCUCCAUGUCUCCAUUAGUGGCUUCUAGCACUCCAGCGGGAAGCUGCACAUGGAAGCAUGGAGACUGCCAGGCCUGCUGGUGCACAGGUUCUGCUUGCAGUGCUACAAAUCCCAUGUGCUGCCACAGAGCCAGCUUGGUCUGGUCUGAAGGUGUGCACCAGCAGGCCAGGCUGGGCCAGCUGUGUGCCAUUAUAUACAGCCCCUGAGACUCAGUGCAUAAUUUUGAAUUUUUCUGCACCUAAUUCCCUGGUGUGUAUGUAGUGCUCACAAGAAUAAGAAGUUGUAAAAGAUGUGACAUUUGACAGUAAAGGGAUCAGAUGUAAGACUAAUUAAACACCAGGGGCCAGAGAUAUGGCUGGUCUAAAAUAUCCUAACAUGAAACUAUGCCAGUUUACAGUAGCUGAGACUCUGGCCCUAGGAGCAUAUUUGUUGAGUAGACAAUGGUUCUGAUUCCACACUGAGCUUCCUGCACUGGAGCAAAGCUCCUUGAAUGAAGGUGCCUGAUCCUUUUCUUUUUUUUUUUUACACAGUUAUUAACCAAACUAGGAUUGCACUUCAAGGUUUAAUAUCAUUUAAUAAUGAUCAAUUAAAUUACCUUUAAAUGUUUCAGUAGAUAUGUAAAAUAUGCGUAUUUUUGUUAAAAAAAAAAUUAUAUUUUAUCUAACCAUGCUAAUCUUAUACAAGAUGAGGUACCAUGCAUGAUGAAAUACCAUGUGUGUUUAAAGGUUUUGUAUUGUUGUAACUUAAAGGCUAGUUUUAAAGGGUUUGUUUUACAGGAUGAACUUGGAUGUGAAGUUCUGAGGUUUGGUCACAAUGAACUUUCUAAAUAAAGUCUCUUUCUUCA